UUGUCGUUGUCGGGCAGCUGCGAGCUGGAAAGUCCCUGACAGCCGGGCAGGUUUCAGUCCACACAUCCAGCUCUGUCAAUUCAAAAGAGGAAUAUUGACACUUUUCUCGCGUCGCCGCCUCCGCGGAUGUGCAAUUCCGUGAGGUUGUUUCAGUCGUGGUUUUGUUUGUUUUUUUAAGCUAACCCGAGUGCCGGAUGCGCCCCUGCGAGUGCUAGCUUGUGUUAGCAGGCUAGCUCUUUGUGUGGCUAGCUGUUAGCCAAGGGAUGUGUUGUUGUUGAACCGAGCAGCCCUCCCGUCGUCUGGGAGCGGGGAGCUUCGUCAGCUGUGUACGGGAGAGAGAGAGAGGGAGAAACCGCCUCCUCGACGCCUUCUCGUCCCCUUAUCUGCGAAAGUGUCCCGUGAAAUCCUCCGUUAGUGAAGCGACACACACACACACACACACACACACACACACACGGAGCGAGAGUGGGACAGAGUUUGACCCGAAGAGGAAGGAGAUGGGAAACUGUCUGAAAUCUCCGACCUCGGAUGAUAUUUCUCUGCUUCACGAGUCUCAGUCGGACCGGGCCAGCUACGGAGACGGUGCUGACCCCGACCAGGAGCCACCGCCCCCCUAUGAGGAGCAGAUCCAUGUACCAAUCUAUCACCCAACACCCAGCCAAGCCAGACUGGCCACACAGCUGACAGAGGAGGAGCAGGUUCGCAUCGCUCAGCGUAUCGGGCUCAUCCAGCACCUGCCGAAGGGCGUGUAUGACCUGGGGCGGGAUGAUGAGAAGAAGAUCAGAGAGUGUGUGAUCUGUAUGAUGGACUUUGUCUACGGAGACCCCAUCCGGUUCCUGCCCUGCAUGCACAUUUACCACAUGGACUGUAUAGACGACUGGCUGAUGAGGUCCUUCACCUGCCCCUCCUGCAUGGAGCCUGUGGACGCCGCGCUGCUUUCCUCCUAUGAGACCAACUGACACACACGGGCGGGCAGGCGGGCACGCACACACGCACAGACACACAUAUAUAGUAUGCACACUGUAUCCCGGAUUAGUAAAGUGGUGAUAUCAAAGCAGUGAUUAUGUAAAACAUUUUUCUUGUACACUCUCUUUCGUGUGUGUGUGUGUGUGUGUGUGUGUGUGUGUGUGUGUAUAUGUGCGUGUGUGUGUGUGUGCGUGCACGCAUGCAUGCACGCAUGCACGUUCCACAUGUUCCUUUGACCUGCUGGACAGGACUGCAUUUGGGAAAAGUUUGGAGGAAUUGAAGUGUUCAGAACGAUCAGGAGGAAGCUGGAUUGAGGGAAGGAGUAAAAGACGUGAGCUGACAAUGGGGGGGGGGGGGGGCUUUAAUAGAAGUGUAAAAGAAAGUCAAGGGGAAUGGAUGAUGACCGUUGACUGGUAUGAAUAAGAAACCUUUUCAAGAUCCACUUUUAUAAACAUGAAGACUCAUGCAAAUCCUACCCAGUCACACACUUCCUGUAUUACUCCAUCAUUGAAAUGAACAAUGAAAGAAUACAGGGGCAAAGACAUGUGACUGCCAUUAUCAAGCUGCAGAUUGCUUUUCUUGGAUUGCUGGAGCCCUGUUACCAUAGUGACAAACGGCAAGACAAAGGAAAAGAAACAUCCCUCAGAGGACCUGCCAGACGCCUGUUGCUGAGUCAUACCAGCUGCAAGAAAUGCUACAGAGAUGAAGAUGAGUGAUGUAGAGACUGCUAGAUAUGGACGUCAGACUAAAGACUACGGACAUCAGAUGUUCUCUGCAGACGUACCACAGGCCUUGACCGUCUGUACAAGUCUCCCGUGAGAAAAUGAAGACUGGUCAGUGGUUUGAUCAAUUUGUCAAGUGGCUUUGUGAAAUCUGUUCUGUUUGUUUGGUGGGUCAGUAUAAGGGCUCAGUGUUCACUAACAACACAGACAUUGCAAAAGAAAGUACAGUUACGUGCUUUUAACCUCAAAGGACUUUCUCCAUUUCAGAUCUUGCCAUCCAUGAUCGUCAGGCACGCCCACUGUAAAGCGAGAAAGCGCGUAUGUGUCAAAGCACGAGUAGACCAAUUAACAAACCAUUAAUACAAAUCAGAGAUAUUUGCACUUCUAAAUCAAGACUUGUGACAAGAGUUGACCGUAUGCAUCCAGUAAUAAUAUCAAAGUGAAGUAUGUGAUUUGUUUGACCUACGUCUUCAUCACCAUUGCAAUGAUUUGUCUAAACCAGGAGAGGGUGCAUCAUGUGUUACUGGUGACAUCAACCAAACUACUGAUUUAAUUCUAAGGUCGGUUGUCAUUUUAAGGACAAGUCGAGGACAUAAUUAAAAACAUGCACACGGUUGGGUUCAUUUCAUGUGAUUGCACAUUUAUAAAAACCUGUUCAUAAAACAAGACCUACCAGUUUUAAAACAAACAUCCACAGGGAAAACAGUUAAAGGUGCCAAGGGGCAUGACAGUGAUCGUAGAAGAAUUAAUGUCGUCAUUGGUUGUGUGACUGAGCAUGUUUACUCACCUGAUGUGGUCAGCAGAUGUACAAUGAAAUGAUAAUUAUUAUAGGUUCUAAGUUCAAGGUUAUAUUUCUUUAAAUUUUUACCAUCUUCUUUUUCUUCACGUGAAGUUGACGCCUCACUCUAAACGAUAUCCUCGCAACAUUUUAAAAAUGUCCAUCACCCAGUUCACCCUCUUGAUGAAAGCACAAAGAAAUAAACAUUUUUAGUUAUAUUUUCCUUCUCCCCGCUGAUGCGGGCUAGUCGGUCAGACUUUGCAAUAUGCAGGUGAGGUUAAAUCAUUUGAGCUUUCCCCUGCUAUGCCGGCAUGAUGGAGACCCAACCGAGUUUGAAAAAAACAUGCCUUUUCGUGUGUGUGUGUGUGUGUGUGCGUGUGCGUGUGUGUGUGCGCGUGCGUGCGUGCAAGGCUUCAUGGCCUUUGUAUGAGGUGUGAAGUCAGCACCUUAGUUUUUGCACAGUACUUUAAUCUACUUAACGUUUAAUGUUGUACAUUCUUCUCCAUCAGUGAGGUGGAGCCUCAUGGCCUUAGUUUACAUGUGAGUAUCAGCUGCUAAAUUCUGGAGCAGAGUCUAGUUAACUUCAAGAAAACAGGAGGUGGGCGAUCAAAACACAAACAGUUGAGGCAAAUGCUGCUGCCGAGCUGGCGGUCAUCGCAUUUUCUUAUGUUGAGAAGAAAACAAAAAAGGUGGGUCAAGAAAAUCCUCCUCCCACAUUGUCACUGAAUCAAUACAUUUGUCAGUGUAACGUACUGUUUGGAUGAGCUUUCUGUCACAGCACCUAGCUCUCCUCCCGAGGGCUCCUGUCAGAUCGCAUAGCUGGUUCCCUGCGACAGUCCUGUGGUCACAAAUGCAUUGCUGCAGAAAAGGCAAGUAUUGUUUUUUUGUUUUUCUUUACUCAGUCUGGACCCAGUCAAGGCUGAGUGGGAUUGGCAAUGCAUAUUGGGAUUGUGGGGAUAAACCAUGUUAAAUCCUGUCACAGUAUAAAGUGUGUUUGUACCUGCCAUAGUUCCUCCAAAAAAAAAAAAAUCAAAGAUUCCACUCCACAAUCCUGAUCCCACUGAGGAAUCUCCCAAAGUCACAUGUACAUUUAUCAAUGGAGCGGCUUCAUUGACACUGUGUGCGGCUAAGUCAUGAGAUGUUUGAGCCGUCUUACCCAAAUAGAUUUCCUGUAAUGGCGGCACAGUGUGCUCACGUCCCCAGAAAAUGACAGCAGCUUGAAAACAAUGAAACCGCCACACAACGUUGUUUUACCACAAGCUAGGGGUGUGGCCACGACUUUGAACCAGAGACUUAUUUAUUUAAAAUAUCCAGAAGUGAGUGCUCUUUAAGGCUGUUUUUUUUUUUUUGAACAGCAAGGUUUGCUCAUAUAUGAAUGGGGUGUGUGUGUUGUAUGUUUGUGUAUGAAUGCUUUUGUAAGCAUAAGUAUGCAUAUGCUAUGUACUAAAGGCAAAUAAUAAAUAGACAUUGCAACAGAA